AUGGCAGUCAACCGCCUCGCGGCUUAUUACGCAGUACCUGCGCCCCUUUUUUGCGCGGGGACUGGUGGCAGUCGCAGCCUCGUGGCUUCUUAUCUGAAGCCCGAGAUCCCGAUGGGCCAUAUCAGAUGGAAGGGUCUGAGGUUCUUUUCUGUGUCACCGCGGUCUGGCCGGGAAGGCCGAGCAACCGCUGAAGGACAACGACAACGACAAGUAAACGCUGGUAUGUUUGAUGCUGUGGUCCUCGGCAGUGGGCCUGCGGGCAUCGCGACCGUGGGUAAGAUCCUGGAUCAUCAGAAGUCCGCCCAGGUUCUUUGGAUUGAUCCAUUGUUCCGUGGAGGGAGGGUCGGGGAGAAGUAUGGUGAUGUUUCGAGCAACACCAAAGUCUCCUUGUUCCUAGCAUACGCCAAUGCUCUCGAGUCGUUUCGCGAAAUCAUCCGGUCCACGCCGACACCGAAUGCCAUUACCGCUCUACAACAAUUAAACCAGGACGCCGGGUGUCGUCUUCACUAUGCCUCUGACAUGUUGCUCAUGUUGACCGAGGGCCUGAGACGGCAUCCGAACGUGGACACCUUUUUCGGCAAGGCUACGUCUGCGGCGUUUCAUAGUCAGAGUUCCGUGUGGACAGUUCAGGGAGAACCGACUGAUUCAAAUCCCGGUCAACACACGUUUCAAUCACGAGCCUUGGUCUUAUGUACAGGUUCUGCUCCUUCGAGCGACAACCCGUCCAUCCCCGCCGGUGUGGCGCCGAAAUUGAAUCACGUCGAUCUCGAUGUCGCACUUGAUCGGAAUGCUUUGGGCGAGGCACUUCCGUCCGAUCAAGAUGUGUCGGUUGGGGUGGUCGGGUCUUCUCAUAGUGCCAUUGUCGUGAUUAUGAAUCUAUACGAGCUGGCCACGACAAGCCACCCCCGAAUCCAGAUGAAGUGGUUCACGAGACGACCGCUCGUCUACGCAGAGUACAUGGACGGCUGGAUUCUGCGUGACAAUACCGGUCUCAAGGGUGCAUCGGCCGACUUUGCCCGAGCACAUCUCGAAGAUGAGGCGUUGAAACAGUCGCCUGUUAAGCGCUAUCUGGAGAAAAUCGAUUGUUCGCAUGACGAGGUUGCGGUGUAUCGUGAGCAAUUGCCAAAAUGCACGCAUUUGGUCCAGGCUAUUGGAUAUCACCGAAAUCCUGUCCCCAAACUGUCUGUCGACAAUCGACCGGUGGAGAAGCUAGAUUAUAACCCAGAAACGGGUGACAUACGAGACGAGCGAGGACAGCCUGUGCCGAAUCUGCAUGGUGCUGGCAUUGCGUUUCCGGAAAAGGUCGUUGAUCCGUAUGGCAAUACUGAGUAUGCUGUUGGCAUGUGGAAGUUUAUGAAGUAUUUGGAUAGGGUUGUUCCAGAAUGGGGCAUUGGGAACGGUGACAAAGGGGAAAAGUGA